AUUGGUGGAGUCGGGGGGCGGGGCCGGUAGGGAGCGGGUCCUGACCGGCGGCAGCGGAGACCGUACCGGUCUCGGCAGGUCUCGUGCGGUCUCGGUCGCGAUAGCCGGGCGCCUGUCGCGAUGUCGGGCCGCGGGAAGCUCCUGGCGGUGCUGGGGGACGAAGACACGGUGACCGGGUUCCUGCUGGGCGGUGUUGGGGAGCUGGACAAGCACCGUCGGCCCAACUUCCUGGUGGUGGAGAAGGAGACGAGCCUGGCCGAGAUCGAGGAGGCCUUCCGGAGCUUCCUGGCACGUGAGGACAUCGGGAUCAUCCUGAUCAGCCAGUGCUUGGCGGAGCUGAUCCGGCACGCCGUGGAGGCACACUCCCGCCCGCUGCCUGCUGUGCUGGAGAUCCCCUCCAAGGAGCACCCGUACGACCCCACCAAGGACUCCGUCCUGCGCCGUGCCCGUGGACUCUUUGCCCCUGAUGACCUCCGCUAGGGCCAAAACCGUCUAGGGGUCCCUGGCCCACACAGGGUCCGCAUCCUAUCCUAGGGGUCUCCAUCCUGCCCCAGGGUGGUUCUGCAAGGUCCCCAUCCUAAGGAGUUCUCAUUCCACCCCAGAGAUCCCCAUCCCAAGGAGUCCUCAUCCCAUUCCAGGGGGUCCCCAUCCCACUCUGUGGUGAUGCUGCAAGGUCCACAUUCCAUCCCAUCCUAAGGGGUCCUCAUCCAACCCCAGAAAUCCCAAUCCCAUCCCAGGGGGUCCUUGGAUGUCCCCAUCACACCCCAUGGUAAUGCUGAGAUGUCCCCAUCUCACCCUGGGGGUCCACACUCCUUCUUAGGGUGCUGCUGGGGGUCCCCAUCCUGCCCUAGAGAUCCCUGUCCCAUCCUAAGGGGGGUCCUUGGAUGUCCCUGUCCCAUCCCAGGGUGAUGAUGGUUGGUCCCCAUCCCAUCCUAGGGGAUCACUGGGAGACUCCAUCCCAGGGCAACGCUGGGGGGUACCAGUACCACCUUGGGUGUCCUUAAGGAUCCCUGUUCCACCCUGGGGUGGUGCUGGGGGUCCCCAUCCCACCCUAGAGAUCACCGACCCCCCCUUAGCCCCUUCUGCCCCAGCACCCCUUCCUCCAUGGCCCCGUGAUGUUCACUCAGUGCUGCUUGCUCAGCGGGCCGUGACAGGAAGUGACUGUGACCAAUCCUGCCGGGGCCUGAGCCAGCACCAGCCCUGCUGGACCCUGCCCCUCAGUGCUGUUACUGCCCAGCAUGGGCAGAGGGGAGCCCUGGGAGUACUAGGGACCCCCAAGGGCACCCCCAGGACCCAGUGCUGUGUGGCACCAGCACCACUUUCCCCUCCCCAGCAGCAUCCGGGUGGGGGCACUGGUAUUUAUUGGGGUGUGUGUCCCUGUGUCCCCGUGUCAUGUGUGUCCCCAACAGACACUGUCACCGCUGGCUGCUGCUCUCAUCUGUGGGGCAGGGGCAUCGAAUGGGGACAUGCUAUGGGGCACAGAGGGACAGGAACACGCUGUAGGAAAAGGAGGGGAAAAGAGGAAGAAGGAGAAGUGGAGCUUUGGAAAGCGCUUUCAUAUUGUCAGUAUAGAGAGAAUUAGGAGGGAGGUAACUUUUUUAAAUCCCUUCUAUAAACAGGAUUUUUUGCAUUUUAAACCCUUCCAUGUCACAGAGUUUUAGAGCAAUACAACAUCUGGUUACACUUGCUACAAACCAUCUCAGUUUAGAGUUUCUCUGUUUCCAGUUACACAGGAUAUCUCUUUAGCCUUUUCCUAUGUUUUGAGGCUUAACAUCUUUUUAGACUUAUUUUUAGUAUUUGUGUUAAAAUAUUUCCCGUAAAACAAAUUCAGAAGGGCAGUUGGCGCAUUCCUAACGUUAAUUUUAGAAUUCAUAUAUCAAGUAUCUUGGGGAAAUGCAGACACACCUCUUAGAUGUACCUUGUCCUUGCAGACCACUAUGGAGUCUUCCCAUCUCUCUUGUACACUGAUGGUGGAAAAAGAGGGCAACUAUGGUGAACUGGAUGCAGUUGAAAUUCAGCCAAAAAAGCCAAUCUGGAGAAUGUCCUUGCUACAGAAAAUCUGGCAAAAGUCUCUCAGAACAGCCCGGCUUCUUCAAAGCCACACCGGAACCCCUGAAAGGCACCACCGCUGGAACCCCCAAAGAUACCAGGAUGGGACCCCUCCAGCUACGCCAGGAACCCCUGAAAGAACCGGGACGGGACCCCUGACACCCCAAACCAUGGCGGGAGCCCCCAGAGGAGUCGGGACCCUCCAAAGCAACCGGGAUGGGACCCCCCCAAAGACAUGGCUUCGAGAGGCCCCAGGACCCCCCAAAGGCCCCAGGACAGGCCCCCCCCCGCCAAAAGAACCAGGAUGAGACCCCCCCAUCCCCGAGUGCGGGGGCAAAGGGGGGCACAGACUGGGGGCGGAGAGGGAGUGUGAGUGUUUGCAUGGCUGAGUGUGCAUGGUGUGUGCACGAGUGUGUGUGUGUGCAUGCCUGAGUAUAUAUGUGUGUGUGUGUCUGUGUGUGCUGUGUGUGUGUGCACGAUGUGUGCAGGAAUGUGUACAUGAGUGUGUGCAUGCCUGAGCGUACGUGUGUGCUGCCUGUGUGUGCAGGAAUGCGUGUGCACGGCUCUGUAUGCGCAGGGUGUGUGUGUGCACGGCUGAGUGUACGUAUGUGUGUGUGCAUGCAGGAAUGCAUGUGCGUAGCUCUGUGUGCACAGUGUGUGCAGGAAUGUGUGUCUGGGGCUGUGUGUGUGCAGGGCCGAGUGUGCACGUGUGUGUGUGUGUGCAGAGCCGUGUCUGUGCAGCUUGUGUGUGCCUGCAUGUGAGUGUGCAAGGUUGUGUGUGGACGUGUGUGUGUGUGCAGAUGUGUAUGUGCAUGUGCACAUCCGUGUGUCUGUGCUGGCGAAGGGACGCCCCAGGGGCUCUGGGGACACCGGGGGUGAUGGGUGCUAGGGGUCCCCAAUGUCCUUCCCCCUAGCUCUCCUCAGACCCCCAGCCCCCCCAAAUCCCUCCUGCAGCUCCCCAUGACCCCCAACCUCCCCCCCAUCUCCCCCAGGUGAGGCCACGGGUGCUGAGGAAGAAGCUGGUGAAGGAGGUGGUGGUGAGGAAGAAGAGGCCGAAGGCUCCAGCCAAGGGCGCCGCAGCCCCACACCAGCCUAUUCUCUAUGACACUUUUAUUGGACUUCGGUUUUAGCCUUUAUGACUCACAUAAGACAUGGCUGUAUGUGAUGGGAAGACUGCUGCAAAAAUGGCGAGAAGAGGAUCAACAAGAAACAGUGGAAUCCACCCUUUGGAGUUUGCUGCUCGUUUGGCUGCUGAGAAGGAGGAGUCUCUGAAUUUGCUGCUGUACGAGACAGAUCAAGGAAGUUUAAUAAAAGUUCAGUUCUACCUAAAUGGUGGGUGGGAAUAUGCUUGUGUAAAGCAUAUGGUAUGUAACUGUUAUCGAUAUGCCUCAAAGCACUGUAUCUCAGCGGCUGGAACAUGGGAGGAAUCUUUUAAUCUGUACAGGUUUUUAACAAGGAUAAUUGACAUUUAGUGGCUUAAUAACAUAGAUAAUUUUAUAUAAUCAAGUCUGGCUGUCUUAUGUUGAACUUUCAGUAAACCAUCAACAUUUUAUAUUUAGGAAUAAUUUCUUAUUACCCAUCCUAAGUGGGAUGCUGGUUUUGCUAUUAAAAGGGUGGGUCUUGUUCAAAAAGCUCUGAAGGUAAUAGUUGGGUUGGUUAAGUCUGUGCCACACCUGCGGUCAGCAAUUGGGUACAGGUGAAGAAUUUGUCUCUUAAAAGGCCUCUCGAUUUAGAGGUGCGUUUGAGCCUUCUGUCAUUGUUUCUUCUGUGAGUUUCAGGUAAUGAUUUUGCUUGUGGGUUUGCUUUUUAGUCAGAGUAAAAUUGGUUUGGAAUGUGGCAGAGAAGUGUUAGCAGAAACAUUUGCAGUCAAUGAUGUCUUUCAUUGUUCUUUAUUAUUAGAAGUAGGAAUUCUUCAGCUUUUAUUUUGGCUAUAUUGAGACACAAAGGAUUUAGGUAUGGCCUAAAUGAGACUUCCAAUGUAGUUUUAGCAAUAGGUGUUACUGGUCUUCCCAGAGCUGGUUUAUUUAAUUUGAGUUUUGUGUCAUAAGUAGUUGAAAAUUAUGUUUGCCCAGAAUUUUUUGUAGGAAUACUGAAGGAAACUGUUAGGAUGCCUAUAUUGCUGCGUAUUUUUUUUUUUUGCUUGAUCUACAUCAGCAGCUGAGGACUCCAGGGAGGUAAAUAUGAGAGCGGUUUUAAAAACUUUUCCUAGGGUAGUGUCAGUAAACUAUUCACCAGUAAGGCUGUGACAACUGUGCCAGGCAAGUUAUUAGAAAUGGUAACAAAGAAUGGAAUUAAAGGGUAUGGAUAAGUGUGGUGUUUGUAUGGGGAAAUCCUACCACACGCAUCUCUCAUUUUUUUGAUGGAAACUGCAACCAUGUAAGUAAGUAUGAUUUGGUUGAUGCUGCGCUAUCUACUGUUUGUAUGGUGUUUUCUUAAGAGCAGGAAGAGAAAGCUAUUCCUAUACACUAGCCAAAACUAUGUAUGGAUUUUUUUGACCAUGGGUAUAACUGUUGAGUUCUGUGCACUUACUGAAUGAGAGCAUUGGCGGGGGGGUGGAAUUUCUGCCCUGUUUUGUGCUUUUCUGUUGUUGUUUAACUCCUGCUCAGAACUUGAAAAUGUUUUGAGUAGAGGGAACGUAAGAGAUUUUAGAUCUAGUGCCUAUAUAUAAAAAUAUUUUUAUCUCAUUUUUAGAAAAUGUUUUCACUUGUGUGGUGACUGUUCCAAAUAGUUUUAUGUAGAAAACCUUGUGUAAAAAGCAAUGAAUAGUGAGCUCUUGCAGGGGAGUUAAGGUUGCUCAGACAGGGUGAGUGAAUCUGGUCCAGAAACACUGCGUUUUGGUCAAGUGAGGAAAGUAGAAACUGAAAGAUGCUCCUCCUCACCAAGCUGUGUCCGGCUGCAUGUUCCAUCACGGCAGUUCUUGUGAUGUGUAUUCACUUCAGGAAAACAGAUCAUUUGGUUUACGCUUUGAUCCAAAUACUUUCCUCUAUUGCUUUUCUGAUAGUACUCUUGGGAUAAAAAUCUGAGUAUUUUUUUCAUGGUUUUUAGGCUAUCUGUUUUAUGUAUUGCAUUACAUGAAAUUUCAGAAUGUGAUGCAGAAUGAAAUUGCUGCAAUUUUACUGUAAAUAUUGCUCAACCCUAACUCAGUCUCUGCUAUUUCUAGAAGUUGUCCCAAAACCAUGAUGUGGCUUGGCACAGUUAAACACAACUGGCAAUCUCUGUUCAGUAAAGGUACUUAAUGUAGCUGUUGUGCAGGAUGAACUGGUUUUCACCUCAUGAUGCAGUGAGGUUUACGCAAGUCAGCGCAGAGGCCACUGCAAGACCCAUCCACGUUGUCUCUUUCCACUGGAGUCACUGUGUAUUGCAAUUCAGAUUGAAAAUGUCGUUGGUUUGGUUCUGGCUCCUGCGGUCCAUUUCAUGCAUCCUCACAUAAAAUUUCCCACUGGGAGUAACUGAAACAAUUGUAUAACUGGAGGGAAUGGAUAAUGCAAGCACGUUACCAUGGAGCUAGGGAACACCAUGUGUUAAAUAGGCUCCGUUUUCCUCAGUGGGGAGAGGUGGGGAGAGUUUGCUCCUGUGCUUGACCCUUUUACUGAUAUGAGGCCAGAGAUUAUCAUAAGAUCAGAAAGUGACCAGCGGGAGAAGCAAGAAUGAUAAUUAAGACCUGAUAUAGAUCAUCUGCCUACGUCUUGUGUCUUUAGUCAUUGAGGAAAGGCCAAUUCCAAAAUUUCUGCUUGCCGGUCCAUAGGAAGAGGAGUUUCUCGGUAAUGAUGACAGAUUUUCAAGUCUGGAAUUCAGUGGCUUUAUUAAUAUCAAGUGCUUCCUUUUUCCUUAAUUCAAUUUUAAGGCGGAGCUUCUGGAAACCAUACAAACCGUUGGGAGGGGAAGGAGCCGCCUCUCUGACCAAAUAUACGUGUCUGCGUGAUCUAGGCAUGUUUCAAACUCCUUUUCCGCUCAAGGUGCACAAAGGCUCCGUGCGUUUCAUAACCUUUCUAUCCCUUUUAUUGUUACGGCUUUUUAGUAUUUGAGCAUUCGUCAGUUUGACUUAAAUUGCAGGCAUUAAAGGGCUUGGGCGUGAAGUUCUCUUUUGGAAGCUUACUGUAGGGCAUCCCAUAAUCCUGAAGUGCAAUACAGCUCAAAGUAAUAAUUAUCUGAGUGCUGAAUACUGUACAAAGCAAUUAUUCUGACAGUGCUUCCUUGUCCCUUCCUUGUCUACUGUUAUUGAUGUGGCUUAUGAUGCUGAAAGGCAGCAUAUGUGUGUCUUAGGCAUAACUGAAUACUGCUGAUGACACUAAGCUGGGUGGAAGCGUGGAUCUGCUGGAGGGUAGGGAGGCUCUGCAAAGGGACCUGAACAGGCUGGACAGCUGGGCUGAGGCCAAUGGCAUGAAGUUUAACAAGGCCAAAUGCCGGGUCCUGCACUUGAGGCACAACAACCCUAUGCGGUGCUACAGACUAGGAGAAGUCUGGCUAGAAAGCUGCCUAGAGGAGAAGGACCUGAAGGUGUUGGUUGACAGCCGACUGAACGUGAGCCAGCAGUGUGCCCAGGUGGCCAAGAAGGCCAAUGGCAUCUUGGCUUGUAUCAGAAACAGCGUGACCAGCAUGUCCAGGGAGGUUAUUCUCUCUCUGUACUCGGCACUGGUGAGACCGCACCUUGAGUACCGUGUUCAGUUCUGGGCCCCUCACCACAAGAAGGAUGUUGAGGCUCUGGAGCGUGUCCAGAGAAGAGCAACGAAGCUGGUGAGGGGGCUGGAGAACAAGUCUUACGAGGAGCGGCUGAGAGAACUGGGGUUGUUUAGCCUGGAGAAGAGGAGGCUGAGGGGGAGACCUUAUGGCUCAACUACCUGAAAGGAGGUUGUGGAGAGGAGGGAGCUGGCCUCUUCUCCCAAGUGACAGGGGACAGGACAAGGGGAAAUGGCCUGAAGCUCUGCCAGGGGAGGUUCAGGCUUGACAUCAGAAAAAAAUUUUUCAUGGAAAGGGUCAUUGGGCACUGGAACAGGCUGCCCAGGGAGGUGGUCGAGUCGCUUCCCUGGAGAUGUUUAAGGGAGGGUGGAUGAGGUGCUGAGGGGUAUGGUUUAGGGAGUGUUAGGAAUGGUUAGAUUCGAUGACCCAGUGGGUCCCUUCCAACCUAGUCAUUCUAUGAUUUCAAGAUUUCAAGACAGAAGAGGGGGGGGUGAAUACGUGCACAAAACCCCUAGCACUGAAACAUGAAUUAAAGGUCCAUCUGAUUAUUUCUGACCUGAUGAACUGUUUUUCUGAAUCAAUACUCGCUCAGGGUUCAAGGUUCACAACUUGAAAUAUGUUAACAACUCCAAUGGAAAGACAGACUCUUUGUGGUUAUGCACUUCUAGUUGUAUAGCAUGUUUU